AUGUCCGGUAUAGCGGUGUCGCUCUGUAAAACCAUCGAAAGCACUUUAAAAGUCACAGAUUGGGCGAGACACCGAACACGGAGAAAAUUUCCUGAAAGGAAUGGUUACUGUGCAACUUUUGGGAUGCAGGGAGUCAAGGAGUUUGAUGCAAAGCCCUCGAGGAAGAGCAAAGAAAUACAUUUUCCCUUUUCCACUAUCCACUAUCCACCAUUUCAACAUACCGUUAUAGAAAUAUUACACCAUAGUGAUGCCAAGACAAUAAGAUUUCCAGUCGUACCAUCGAAUACAUACUGUGUUCAUCGAUAUCCUUUUAAACUAGACUGGGUUAUCACUGCCUGCCUGAAUCAUCAUGACAUGAAGCAAGAUUUCCAUUAUAUUCCUACGGCACCUGAGUCCAGCAAGGCGAGCCCGACACUCGAGGUGACACAAGAAGUCCCACAAAUAAGGUUCGACACCCAAUUCUGA